GGAGGGGGAGAGUACGGGCUGAGACGGGGGCCAAUCUCGUCUGCUCGGCAUUUCCCGGCGGCCCCCUCGCUGCGGUGGGUGUUGUACACAAUCAUCAUGGCGGCGGCCGGAGCCCCGGAUGAAGUCGAGGAGCCCGGCAUGGAAACGGAUGCCCAGAAGCUGCAGCUCAACUGCGUGGACGCCGAGGCCGAGACCUCGCUGUGCUCCUCGUCCCCGUCCUCGGCCGCGGCCGCGACGGCCAAGGGCAACCCGCAGGCAGACCCGACGCAGGGGGGCAUAGCCAGCGCCCGGGCCUCGGUCAGCAACGGCGACGACGCCGACACGGAGAAGGAGCUGGUGGAUCUGAAGAUCAUUUGGAACAAGAACAAAUACGACGUGCGAGUGCCUCUGGACAGCACGGGGGCCGAGCUGAAGCGCAAGAUCCACUCCAUUACAGGCUUACCACCUGCCAUGCAGAAAGUUAUGUUUAAGGGACUUCUACCUGAGGAGAAAACAUUACGGGAAAUCAAAGUAACCAGUGGUGCCAAGAUUAUGGUGGUUGGAUCUACAAUAAAUGAUGUUUUAGCAGUAAACACACCCAAAGAUGCAGCACAGCAAGAAGCGAAAGCUGAAGAGAGUAAGAAGGAACCACUUUGUAGGCAGAAGCAACACAGAAAAGUGUUAGAUAAAGGGAAACCUGAAGAUGUGAUGCCUUCUGUUAAGGGUGCCCAGGAACGACUGCCAACAGUACCUUUAUCAGGCAUGUAUAAUAAGACCGGGGGAAAAGUGAGACUCACCUUUAAAUUAGAACAAGACCAGUUAUGGAUUGGCACUAAAGAGCGAACUGAAAAAUUACCCAUGGGCUCCAUUAAAAAUGUGGUCAGUGAACCUAUUGAAGGACAUGAAGAUUACCACAUGAUGGCAUUUCAGUUGGGUCCCACCGAAGCCUCUUACUACUGGGUGUAUUGGGUUCCAACUCAGUAUGUGGAUGCAAUCAAAGACACUGUGCUGGGAAAAUGGCAGUAUUUUUGAAAGCACUUUCACCUCUGGCACAGGAGACUGACCCAAAGUGAAGGACAUUGCUGGGAGAGGCCUGCAACAUGCCCGGAUUUCAUAGUCCUGGAACUUUUAUUAAUUCAAAUCUGAGGAGAUAUUGACUGAAGCCAGAGGUGAUGUACUUUCACCAUUAGUUUACUUUUAACUUAAAAUUGCAAAAUCCCUUCCCUUCAGUCAGCUUCAAACCAUAUUUAAAGUGAAUACGGUGGAAAUCAAUAAAUCUUAAUUCAGAACGCAUUGUGUGGAAUACUCUUAAGUGUUCUGAGAGUAGAUCUGCCAAUUUCGUUUAAAAACAAAUGAUCAAAAUAUAUAUAUAUAUAUCUGGGUUUUUUAAUGUGAUUUGAACUAAAAAAAUAUUUUCAUAAAUCUUUGGUUGCAAAUGGUUAAUUUGAGCUGAUUUGUUGUGACAGAGUUUGAGGCACAUUUUUUUUUUUUUUUUAAUUUUCCUACUUAUAAAUUGUAAAUGGUAUGCAAAGUUGGGGGGGGGGGGGUUAGUAAGCCAUAUUUUGCUGGCCUUUGGUUCAGGUUUGACCUGAAUCCUCCCCUCCCUCUCAACCUCUCUUCCCCUCGCCCUCCCCCCCCCCAAAAAAAAUUGAGCUAUUAAUUUUUAUUUGUAAAUCCAAAGAUGAUUUAUUUUUCCUCUUCUGUAUUUCUCUACCCCUUCACUUUCAAUUUCCUGUAAUCAUUUUGUUUCUUUCUGUUUUGAUGCUGACUGAUCACACAAUGGGGGGGUGGAAGGGGACACAUCAUUGGGUUUUAAACAUCAUAUCCUACAGAUGCUCAUUUUAGGACAUAGUGACCCUAAAAUUGUUCCCAUCCCUCUUUCUUUGUGAAAAUCCAACUGUUCUUGGUAUAAAACAUCUUGCCCUGAGGUUCCAGAUUCCCAUGCAGGUCAGCUGCCUCAUUUUAGUGGCUGGCAGAAUUGAGCAGAGGUCCUAAAAUUACCUAGACUAUCUUGGGUGUGACUGGUCCAUUGUCAUAACAAUUCAUAGCAGAAAUAGAUACCAAGAGUCUUAGACAGUUGGAGGUCUUUCUGACAUGGCCUAUCACUCUCCAUCGUGCUGGUUCAUUUUGCCACUGGAGUUAAGAAGAACCAGGCAUGGUUCCCAUAAAACUCCCUGACAAAUGGCAAUGAAGUCAGGUACAUUCCUGUUUUUCUUUGGACAUCAUUUAAAAGAAUUUUGGGGUUGAAGUCUAACUGUAACUUUAGUCAUGCUUCCUAUUUCUUUUUGGUCAUUCUGCUCACCAGCCAUUAAGUUCAAGUGUCCUUUAUCUCAGGUUCAGUCACACUAACCCUUUCUAUCCUGGAAAGGUGCUUGCCAUGAGUUGAUGAUAUUUAAAAGACAAGACUGACUCCAUUGGACCAGGAAUUGCCCUUCUCACUUAUGUCCCUUGUGCUCCUGGUAUACUCGGUCACUUUCUUUUUUUUUUUUUUUUUUUUUUUUUUUUUUUUUUUUGAUGGAUUGAUAACUUCUGAAGGUAGAGGGAAAACUCUUGUGCUUCUUCCCUUUGCUGUUGUCUUUGAAAUCCCCCUCGUCAGAUGCAGGCCUCUGGGCUAGGUCUCCAAGCUUAACCGGUCAGCAGUGGCACAGCUGACCUACAGGUUUUAGGUGGCUCCCUUCUCAAUGUGUAGAAUAUAUUUUAGUGUGUGUUUUUGACUGAGAAUGACUAUGCAGUGUAAGCCAGUUGUGAGAGCUAUUCUGUACCCUUCAUGUCUAAUGUGUAGUUUGGGAGUCCAGCUCACACAAGAAGAAUAAUCUGCUGCUUAUUAUAUUGCAGUUGUUUCCUAAGUUAUUUAAUGUAUAGGAAAAUCAUUUUAUUGUCAGUAAGGGCAUAAAUAUUGUAUAUGUGUUGGAAGUUUCUUAGAAACUUUGUUUCCAUCUUUUGAAAAUAGCAGUAACUGCAGCAUUUGUAUAUCCAAUUGUAUAUCAAUGUUCAGUUUCCCCAGUGGGGAGACAGUACAGUAUAUGAAGGAAAGCCUGUGUGUCCUACUCUCAGCAGCCCAUCAGUGCUGCAUUGUACAGCUCUGCAGACCAAAUGGUCGCAUAACAGCGUGCAUUUCUGGCAUCAGCAUGGUCUUGGUUUUAACUUUCUCCAUCUAUUGUAUUCAUUUCUUCAUCUACUGACGUCAUUUGAACAAGCAUUUAUUAAAACCAUGCUUGCUAUAUGUAGAACACUGUGCUAAGCACUGAGUAAGAUGUGGAGUUUGUAGCAAAUAGAGUCCUUGUCCUUACAGGUCUUACAGUCUAGUACUCUGCCUUUUCUUUUAAACCCACUCCACUUGCCUCUUCUUUUAAAAAAAAAAAAAAAAUCAUUUCUCCACCCUGCUUGCCUAAAAUAAUGUUUGCAGAGCCUCAGUGGUAUCACCUCUCUUGUUUCCCUUUAUGCUUUGGACAGCCCGUGCUCUGGUGCAUCACCUCCAUUUUCAGCUGAGCCAUAGUAUUAAAAUUGUUCUUCAAUUUAUUUUCUACUAUAUCCUUUUCGUGAAAAACAAACUGCUUAUCUGCCUAUAGUCAGUACACUAAAGUAUGAUUUAAACUUGGGUGAGAGAUUUAUUUAGUUUUGGGUAUGUAAGUGUGUGUAUAUAUCUCUCUCUCUCUCUCUCUCUCUCUCUCUCUUUCUCUUUCUCCUGCUUUCUCUUUUUCUCUCUUUUUUUUUUUUUAAGUGAAAUGGUGCUUUUUCCUCCAGAAGUAAUUAUUACAUAUUAUCUUACAAUAAUGUAAGUUACACCUUUUUCAUAUAGAGCUGUUCAUAAGAGCCAAAGGUUUUAAAAUGCCCAUUGCAAAGCUGCCUGUAUUUGUUAGAGAACAUUAUAAGAUUGUCUAACUAUAUGGAUGAGGGUUUGUAUAUAGCUCUGGGGACCAGAUCUGUCUCAGGGAGAAAAGAAAUAGAACUUAAAAGAAGCCAUGGAAAAAGGUGUUUGAUUUAAGUCUGUGCCCUUUUUGGCAUGCUCUCAUAAGUAUUACCAUAAAAAUCAGAUCUGUGAUUGGCUUCAACAGGUUUAUUCAGCCUAGUGGAUUUUUUUUUUAAUCAAAUUUAUAUACAAAGUGGAACCACAGCUCCUCUUAUGGAUAAGAUAAUAGUUCCUUAAGAUUAUUUCUAUAUCUUCUCUCCCUUUCAUCCCUGGCCCUGAAAUCUAUAUGAAAUCUAUAUUCUGAAUUUGGUUGAUUUCCUUCAAUGUGAAUAAGGUGCAUGCAAUAGCAUAAGGAAAGGAGAAUGAUUUUAAUCUAUCCUGGCUUCAAAUAUUUUCUUUCUCCCUUAUCUUUCCCUCCCUUGCCUCUAAUUGGUGGAGAAGAUAAUGAAACCUAUGUAAUAUAUGCAGAUUUCCUUGAAAAUGGGAGGAAAGCACAUUUAUCAUUUGAGAGGCCAGAUGCUUGAAUGUCCCAUUCAUUUCAAAAGAUUCUUACAUGCUUCCUGGACUUUGUUCUUUCCCAGAGUAUUAAUGUCUGACCCUCUGCUCCCAUAUGUUAUUUCUUAUUGGCAUAGAAUCUUAGUUGAGAACAUUUUAUGAGGACAAGAUAAAGAGAUCACCACUGAGGGCUGGAUGCUUUUUCUGUCUUACUUGGCUUGCUUAGUCACCUUAGAAACAAUAGAGUUUGAAACUCUUUAGUAUUAAGGAAAUCUCUUAAUACAGAAAUUUUCCUCAUUGCAGUAACAUAAUUUAAAUGAAAUUGGAUUAAGCUAAGGAUGCACUUUGUUGUAAUGCUUUGGCACAGUCUUAUGGAGGUGGGUUAUCAGAAAACCAAGCCUUCUAUCUUUAAUGAGUAUGAUGCCAUUUAUUACAUAGACUUCUUAAGGAGUCACUGCUUUGCAUUAAAAGGGCCAAAGAGAUGAACUUUCCCACAUUGCCACAUCUUUAAAAUUUGCCAUAUUUCAACAAGAAAUCUUUUUCUUCCUGUUCUAGCUUCUAAAAUGUGUCUACUGAAGCAAACCAGAGUAUACUAUCCUAACUCCCCCUCCCCUUGUUUGGUGUGCCAAUUAAACAGUGCAGGGUUGUCUUUCUUUGGUCAGUCAUCAUCCACAACUCUUUCUUCCUCCCCUCCCCCCCAUCACUGGUCUUAUUCAUCCUUCUUGUCUUAGAGAAAAAUUUUUUUUUUUUUUGGUGUCAUGGGGCUUACAGAAAAAAAAAUUCAUCUCCUGAUAGAUUUGGUUCCUCUGAAGUUGAGGGGUCAGGAGAACUGUGGUGAUGCAGCACUGGAUGGCUUUACCUUCUAGGCUAGGUGUGGCUUCAGUGAUUGUGAUUCUGACUGCUUUCUUACUUUCUAAGCAAGUUAUUUUUUAUUUCUCAAAAAGAACUUCCGCUGCAGAAUUAUUUGAAAAUGAAAUAGACAUAAGUACCACUUGGAUGGUAUUUUUAUUUUAUUUUUAAAUAAUCAAAUGUCUGUUUGGGGGUAAAUGAAAAAUAUUUAGUCUAUUAGAUUUGCACUGCUGGAUUUUUUAAGUGUAAUCUCUACUGGUUAUCUCAUUGUUUAUUCUGUAAGAUUAGUCUUACCAAUUAAAGUUUGAUAAUUAA